CAAACUUUCUUCCUAUGAUGACUUCUGUGCAGCUUUAGCAGACUGCUCCAGAUGUUACGUCUUAUUUUUAGCCCUACUAAACAAAUAUCAGAAGCAGCAGGAUUUGGUUAUCCGUAUCAUCUUCAUUCUUGGUAAUUUAACAGCAGAGAAUAACCAGGCCCGUAAGCGAUUUUUUAAAGAAAAAGGAAGUGUUAACACUUUGAUAUCAUUAUUCCAAACCUACUAUGAACUUGAUCUGAAUGCACAGAAAUGGUACCAUGCAAGAGGAGAGGAAGGAAAAAACCACCCAAAGCAUCCUUCGGAAGCAGAAGACGUGCUGAUAAAACUGAUAAGAGUGCUGGCCAAUCUCUCCAUUCAUCCCAGCGUAGGAGCAGCUCUGGCAGCUGCCCAUCGUGUUGUAGAAUUACUUGUUACAGUACUAGAAUACAAGUCAGUCGAUGACUGUGAGGAGUUGGUCAUCAAUACAGCAACAGCAAUCAACAAUUUAUCCUACUACAAAGUGAAAAGUUCUGCAGUUCGAGACAAGAAGCUACACAUUGCUGAAAUGCUUUUGAAGCUGUUAAUGAGCAACAACAUGGAUGGAGUUGUGGAGGCUGUCAGAGUCUUUGGCAAUCUUUCCCAGUAUCAUGAGAUCUGUGACUUCAUCAUACAGAAAAAGAUAUACAGGUUCAUCAUUGCUUUACUUGAUGCCAAGAAUCAAGAUGUCUGUUUUUUGGCCUGUGGAGUUCUGCUCAAUCUCACAGUAGAUAAGAACAAACGAGCUCUUCUGAUGGAAGAAGGAGGAAUUGGAAAGUUAGUUGACUGUUUACGAGACUUUGGGCCCUCUGACUGGCAGCUGGCUUGUUUGAUAUGCAAAACCCUUUGGAACUACAGCGAAAACAUCACAAGUGCGGCCUCAUGCUUUGGAGAAGACACCGACACGUUGCUGGUGCUGCUUACAUCACUCUUGGAUGAAGAACAAACAUUGGAUCGCAGCCUCGACAGAGACUUAAGGGACCACCACAAACUGUAUUGGGAAAGAGAGUUCAGACCUGUGGCAGAAAAACUUCUUGACAGAGUUCAAAGCCAUCACUUCCCACUGUGA